ACCUCUCGGCACCCGAUCCGAUUUUUCGGCGAGCUGCCCGGGAUAAAAUGGCUAUUAAAGUCCGAACCGUCACCCGAGCAUGGUGCGAAAAAAUCCGAUUGGGCGUUCCUUGGGGCAUCCACCCACCGUGGGGGGUUUACGCAAAGCGGUACUGGUAAAGAAGCGGGAAGACGGUUAACCCGUCCCCUUCUUGGGCUUCCACCUUUCAUCAAUUAAUAUUUAACAGUACGCUCGCGUCGGAAGCAAUCGCCUCCUCCUCCUCAACCUCAGAUCGCUCUCUCGAUCGAUCCGGCCACGAGCAUGGAGGCGUCGUCUUGGGACGCCCUCCGGAAGCAGGCAAGGAAACUUGAAGCUCAGCUGGAUGAGCAGAUGAAUUCAUAUCGUAGAUUGGUCUCUAUGAAAACUGAUGGUUCAGAGAACGAUCUUGAAUCUGGAAUAGAACGAUUACUGAAACAACUUCAGCAUGUUAAUGCCCAAAUGCAAACCUGGGUAUCUUCUGGAGGCUCAGAAAUUCUUUCACAUACAUUAACUCGGCACAAAGAAAUUCUCCAAGAUCUUACUCAGGAGUUUUAUCGGCUCCGCUCUAGCCUCAGGGCUAAGCAGGAACAUGCAUCACUCCUAGACUUCAGGGAUUUUGAUGGGGCAGGAUUGGAUAUGGAAGAGGGAGCUGGUUCUGUUGAUCAGGCUCUUCUUAAAGAACAAGCAGCUCUAAGUAGAAGUUCAGGACAGGAGAGCACUGAUCUUUGCCUUUUUCAAGUUCUAGAAUCUGAUUCUAAAGCACUGUUCCUAGAUGGAUACUGUGAUAUCUCAAGCCCAGGCUACUUUAGGAACACUUGUUCUUCAACGCUCAACAUUUGGUGGUAUCAACAAUAAGAUAAGCAAUGUUAGCAGCCGACUUCCCACGGUAAAUCAUAUUCUCUCAGCAAUUAGAAGGAAAAAAUCAAUGGAUACCAUCAUUCUUUCCCUUGUUGCUUCUGUUUGUACAUUUCUUAUCUUGAUUUACUGGUUAUCAAAGUAGGGUGCAGGUUGAGAAGUUGCCAUUUAAAUGAUCUUCCUCUGUAAUUAGAUACAUAUUGAACAGCAAUCCUUAUUAUAUUAAAAUUCUUCGUCACUGUGUUUGCUCGUCAGCAAGCUGUUUUGGUUUUCGAAAACUCAAAAUGCAGUCACAUCUUAUCUGUCU